AUGGAAAACGAAGAACUCUUUGUGGGGGAGCCCGAUAUUGCGCAGAUGGGCACAUCAGAGAACCCUCGUACUGAAUAUGUGAAUGAAACUACUCCCCUAAUUGAUGGAGCCGAUGGGCUAUCGCAUCAACCGCCAACUUACCUCACGGAUGAUCGGCCGAAAUGGAGGAACCCGAGCAUUUGGUGGCUGCUCCCAUUCGGUGUCCUUUUUACCCUGGGCUUUGGUGGAAUGGCUGUGCCCAAGAUCAAUUUAAUCAUGUCGCUCAUCUGCCGAGAUUAUCUCGCCGAGAAGAUCACCCAAGACCCCGGCUUCACCUACCUCCCUGUAAUAUUUGGCGAGCACAACCCUCAGUGCCAGAUCCCGCAAGUUCAGUCCCUAGUCGCCCAGUUUCAGCUCUAUCUCAAUCUUAUUGCCGGUAUUCUAUCAGCAUUAGUGAGUCCCCGGUUCGGACACUUAUCUGAUCGUUACGGAAGAACCAAGAUGAUCGCGCUGGGCGCGAUGGGUGCGGUACUCAGUGAACUUAUCACCGUCAUUGUGGCUCAAUGGCCUGAACAGGUUUCGGUCAAUAUGCUUCUGGUUGGAGCCGUUAUGGACGGACUAGGUGGAUCAUUUACAACCGCACAGGCUUUGAUCCAUUCAUAUGCAUCUGAUUGUACCCCCGCCGAAAAACGAAGCGUGGCGUUUGGUUUAUUCCAUGGUGCUUUGUUCUUUGGAAUCGCCGUUGGACCUGGCGGUGCUGCAUUUUUGAUCAAGCAUGGAGGCACGCUGAUCGUCUUCUACAUUGCACUCGCAUUCCACGCAACUUUCUGUCUAUCGGUUUUCUUCAUCGUGCCUGAAUCUUUAUCCAAGGAUCGGCAGCUCGCCGCCCGCGAAAAGCAUCGCCUGAAGAUUGUGGAUUCUGACUCUCCUAAAUGGUACUCUUGGCGUGUCUGGAACCCAAUGAACCUGAUCACCCCGCUUGCAAUUCUGAUGCCCGCCGUUGGAAAGCCAAGUGUGCUAUUCCCUAACCGCCGCGGUGCCAGUCCGGCUCUACGCCGGAAUAUUAUGCUACUGGCUGCUAUUGAUACCGCUGUCUUUGGUGUUGCCCUGGGUACAGUACAGGUUAUCAUUAUCUACGCCGAAUACAUGUUCAACUGGGGCAGCGUGGAGUCCAGUCUGUUUGUAGCGACCAUUAAUGUUGUGCGAGUGGUCAAUCUUUUCCUGGUGCUCCCACUUAUCUCCCGCUUCUUCCGCACCCCGUGCAAGGAAGACGGAACCAUUCGCGGCUCAGACACGCUGGACGUUGUUCUCAUCCGCACAUCCAUAAUAUUCGAUAUAUUGGGGUACAUUGGCUAUGCUCUGUCCAAAUCACCAUCAGUCAUGAUAAUGUCUGGUGUUGUCGCCUCUCUAGGUGGCAUGGGAUCUGCAAUCCUGCAGUCAUCUCUGACCAAACAUGUACCAAAUGAACGCAUUGGACAGAUGCUCGGUGCCACUGGUCUCCUGCAUGCCCUUGCUCGAGUUAUUGCACCUACUAUCUUCAACUUAAUUUACAGUCUGACUGUUGCAACCUUACCUCAGACUGUGUUUGUGGCACUUGCAACUGUCUUUGGUGUAGCAUUCCUUAUGAGUCUGCUCAUCAGGUCGCAUGUUACCCUAGAGGGUGGUCCUCCUGCCGAUCUCAACGCGGAAGAAGAUGCCGACGAGCAUGAUAGACUUUUGCUAUGA